GGAAGAGAAAGUCAAGAUAACCUUUAUCUUGGAAGCCAAGUCAUUCUUUCAGCAGCAUUUAGAUUAGACCAAACCAACCCCACCAUAAAGAACUCCCUCGAACCUUCCAGAUAUACAUAUUUUCAUCACACUCAUAUGAAAUUUCCAGACCUACGACCCCUAUAUAAUCAAUCCGCUUUAUUUCAUUUCCAAUGGUCUCUGCAAUUCCUCAAAUUUAUCUCCUCCACAUUUUCUCUUUCUAAAUCAAUUUCUCUCUCUCUAUAUAUAUCUUAAACUCUUACAUAUCAGACGGACGAUGCCGAACAGAUUUUCAGGAAGCAUAACCCAAGAUUGGGAGCCCGUGGUACUGCACAAGUCCAAGCCCAAAGCACAAGACCUCCGGGACCCCAAGGCCGUCAACCAAGCCCUCCGGUCAGGUGCUCAGGUAGAAACCGUGAAGAAAUUCGACGCCGGCUCCAACAAAAAAGCGGCAGCGGCAGCGGCAGCGAUAGCCGUGAACGCGAGGAAGCUAGACGAAGCUGGGGAACCGGCGGCUCUGGAGAAAGUGUCUGUGGAGGUGAGACAGGCGAUACAGAAGGCUAGGAUUGAGAAGAAGAUGAGCCAAGCCGAGCUUGCCAAACAGAUGAACGAGAGGCCUCAGGUGGUUCAGGAGUACGAGAACGGCAAGGCCGUGCCUAACCAAGCCGUGUUGGCCAAGAUGGAGAGGGUACUCGGAGUCAAGCUUAGAGGAAAAAUCCACAAGUGAUAUCAUUCAUAUAUAUAGUCAGUAAUCAGUAUUAAUUGGUUGUAUUUGAAGGCUAGGUACAGUCUCUGUGUUUGUAUGAGCUGUGUUUGUGUGUUGUUUUUUCUUUAGUGGGGUUGGAUGGUAAAGGUUCCUAAUUUGAAUUGUUACCUUUGUACAAAUGUGGGGAUAUUGUUUAUCCAAUUAUUGUUGUUAUUUGCUAGUAUUAAUCAUGUUCA